AUGAGCUUAUCAACUCAAUGCCAAACUAACCCCAAUUGUUUAAGUUUUAUGAAAUUUAAUUUUAAUCACACAAUAACUUUUCCUUUACAACAACAAAAAAAUCUAAGAGACUUUAGAAUUUCAUUACAUAAGGCAAUUGAUAUUCCUCAUAUUAUUCCUUUAAGUCCUAAAUUCAUUAAACAAGUUAAUAUUAUUUUUAAGUCUUCAGAUGAAAAAAUAUAUUAUCCAUCAACUAUUAUCGGAUCAGAUGAAUCUUAUUCUCUUUCUAUUUCUACUUCUUCUAUUAUUAUUGAAGCUCAAACUGUUUAUGGAGCAAGACAUGCAUUAGAAACAUUACUCCAAUUAAUUCGACCAAAUAAAAAUACAUUUGUUAUUUCUCAAUUACCAAUAACGAUCACUGAUUCUCCAAGAUUCAAAUGGAGAGGGUUAAUGGUUGAUCUUGCUAGAAAUGCUAUUAGUAAAUUAACUCUUGUAAAAACUAUUAACGCAUUAGCUUCAUUAAAAAUGAAUGUUCUCCAUCUUCAUUUAACUGAUUCUCAAUCAUUUAUGUUUGAGUCAUCUUCAUUUCCAGAAUUAUCUAAACAAGGUGCAUUUAAUCAAGAAAAUGUAUUAAAUAAGCCAUUUAUUAUUCAAUUAGUACGUUAUGCGGCUUUAAGAGGUAUUCUUGUUUAUCCUGAAAUUGAUAUUCCAGGGCAUACUGCAUCAUGGAAUCUUGGUUAUCCAGGAGUUACUGUUGAUUGUUGGGAUUAUCUAACAUCAAAUAAAGUGUUGUAUGCUGAAAAUAGAGUAUCACUAAAUCCAACCAAUGAAACAUCUUUUCAUAUAGUACGAACAAUAUUAAAAGAAUUAGCAGAAACAUUUGGAAAUCAAUAUAUCCAUAUUGGAGGGGAUGAGGUUGAUAAUAACUGUUGGUUAAAUUCAAAAGAAUAUCCUGUUAUUAAAGAAUGGAUGAAAAAGAAUAACUUUGAUUCAAUUUCUGAUGUAGAAAGUUAUUAUAAUCAAAUUGCCCAAGAAGAAGUUAUAAAACAAGGUGCCCAUCCUAUUGUUUGGGAAGAAGUUUUUAAGAAAGGAAAUGCUAAAAAAGACUCAACAAUCAUUCAAGUAUGGAGUGAUAUUAGACAAUUAAAAUUAGCAGUUGAUUCUGGAUAUAAAGCAAUUUAUUCAGCUGGGUUAUACCUAGAUAGACAAGUACCUUUAUGUAAUGGAUUUGAUCCAUCUUCUUGUGAACAACGAUAUAUGUGGGUCUGGACAACAAGAGACUUUUACAAACAUGAUCCAACUAAAGAUUUUACUGAUGCUGAAUUAGAAAAUGUUUAUGGUGGAGAGGGAUGUUCUUGGGAUGAAAGUUGUGAUGAUGAAAAUUUCUUUGAUAGAGUUUUCCAAAGAUUUUCAGCUGUUGCAGAAAGAUUUUGGAGUAAUAAGAAUCUUAUUGAUGAUGAAAGUCAUGAAGUUAGAGCAAAUUAUCUUCGUUGUUUAGGAAAGAGAAGAGGAUUUUUAAAAGGAACAGGACCCUUAUACACUUCAUAUUGUGACGCUAAAUAA